UGGCCUGGGACCGCGCGUUUGCAGUUGUUCGCGAACACCUUGUGCGCAAAGGAGGUCUGGGCUCUACCGGUGCAAGGAGUGCUCUGACAUUUUCUUUCGAAAACCAUCCACAAAAUCCAAAGUAAUCGGCAAAAGAGUGAGGGAUCCCUCUCUCCAUACGUCAGCGAACAUGACGGCAAUGCCUCUUAAAGCUCGUCCGCAGGGUAUUACCUUCGAUGAAUACGGAAGACCGUUUAUAAUCCUAAAAGAACAAGACAAGCAAAGAAGGUUGACAGGCCUGGAUGCACAGAAGUCUCAUAUUUUAGCAGCUAAAGCUGUGGCUAAUAUUCUUCGGACCUCUCUUGGGCCUAAAGGCAUGGACAAGAUGAUGGUUAGUCCAGAUGGUGAUGUAACAGUCACUAAUGAUGGUGCGACCAUUUUGGACAUGAUGCAAGUUGAACAUCAAAUCGCUAAGCUGAUGGUCGACUUAUCAAAGUCACAGGAUGACGAGAUCGGUGAUGGAACAACUGGAGUUGUAGUUCUUGCUGGAGCUCUUCUGGAACAAGCUGAACAGCUGUUGGACUGGGGUAUCCAUCCAAUAAGAAUUGCCGAUGGUUAUGAACUAGCUGCCAGAAUAGCCAAUGAGCAGCUUGAUAAGAUAUGUGAUAGCUUUCCCAUCGAUAGAAACAACCCAGAAUCCCUCAUUCAGACUGCCAUGACGACGCUUGGAUCAAAAAUUGUCAGCAGAUGUCACAGAAAGCUGGCAGAGAUUGCAGUAGAAGCUGUGCUAUCUGUAGCAGACUUAGACAGAAAAGAUGUUGACUUUGAAUUAAUCAAGAUGGAAGGAAAGGAAGGUGGAAAACUGGAUGAUACGAUGUUGGUAAAAGGAGUUGUUGUGGACAAGGAUAUGAGCCAUCCUCAAAUGCCAAAGGUCAUUAAAGAUGCCAAACUUGCUAUCUUAACUUGCCCAUUUGAGCCACCUAAGCCAAAAACUAAGCAUAAGUUGGAUGUUGCUUCUGUGGAAGACUAUCAAAAGCUGCGAGAGUAUGAGAAGGAGAAGUUUGAACAAAUGGUAAAACAAGUGAAGGACACUGGUGCUAAUUUGGCAAUCUGCCAGUGGGGAUUUGAUGAUGAGGCCAACCAUCUUCUGUUACAAAAUGAGCUUCCAGCAGUUAGAUGGGUCGGCGGACCAGAAAUUGAGCUUAUUGCUAUUGCCACUGGUGGAAGAAUUGUGCCGAGGUUUUCAGAGCUGACAGCAGAGAAGCUCGGUAAAGCUGGCCUGGUAAAGGAAGUCAGCUUUGGAACUACGAAGGACAGGAUGUUGGUUAUUGAAGAGUGUUUGAACUCACGAGCUGUUACAAUCUUUAUCCGAGGAGGAAACAAAAUGAUUAUAGAAGAGGCUAAAAGGAGCAUACACGAUGCGCUGUGUGUUGUAAGGAAUCUUGUUCGUGAUAAUCGUGUGGUGUAUGGUGGAGGAGCAACAGAACUGGCAUGCUCAUUAGCAGUCACAAAAGAAGCAGACAAGGUAUCCACACUGGAGCAGUAUGCCAUGAGAGCAUUCAGUGACGCCUUGGAAGCUAUACCUUUGGCUCUGGCUGAGAAUUCAGGAUUGAAUCCCAUUCAAACUGUAGCUGAUAUUAAAUCCAGACAAGUCGCUGAAGGCAAUCCUAGACUCGGUGUCGACUGCAUGGAUACUGGAAUUAAUGAUAUGAAAGAACAACACGUGAUCGAAACGUUAAUCGGCAAGAAGCAGCAGAUAAGCCUGGCCACUCAGCUCGUCAAGAUGAUUCUUAAAAUUGACGACAUCAGGACGCAAGGAGAAGCGUGACAUCUCUUCGACUUUAAGUGACAUGCCUAUCUUGUGUGACACAGCUGAGUCACGCAUGAUUGGUGUGACCCGUCGACUCUGUUAAUUUACUACAAAAGAGCUUUGCUUGCAUCAAUAUUUCGUGGAGUCGAAGUUUAAACAGUCGUUCACAGAGUUGCCCCAAAGACAUCGUUCUCUCACUCGUUGUCUGAGAUGGAAAGAGAAAAGAACCAUGCAGAGCAAAUUGUACAGCGAUGGAGAAUAAAAUAAAAAUGAAGAAGCAUAGUUAGA